AUGAGCAACGUUUCCGGCGAUCGCGCUGACGACGGCCUUUCCACCGCCGUCACUGUCCCCGGCUCUACAGCCGUCCAGAGUUCGCCUCCUACUGAUCGACCCGUCCGCGUCUACGCCGAUGGGAUCUACGAUCUUUUCCACUUCGGUCACGCUCGAUCUCUCGAACAGGCCAAGAAAUCGUUUCCAAACACUUACCUUCUUGUUGGAUGUUGCAACGAUGAAACUACUCAUAAGUAUAAGGGAAGGACUGUUAUGACUGCGGAAGAGCGAUAUGAGUCACUUCGGCAUUGCAAGUGGGUGGAUGAAGUCAUUCCUGAUGCACCAUGGGUGAUAAACCAAGAGUUUCUUGACGAUCACCGGAUUGACUAUGUAGCUCAUGAUUCCCUUCCGUAUGCUGAUACUAGCGGAGCUGGAAAGGAUGUCUAUGAAUUUGUUAAGAAAGUUGGGAGGUUUAAGGAAACGAUGCGGACUGAAGGAAUAUCGACCUCGGACAUUAUAAUGAGGAUAGUGAAAGAUUACAAUCAGUAUGUCAUGCGUAACCUGGAUAGAGGAUAUUCAAGGGAAGAUCUUGGAGUCAGCUUUGUCAAGGAGAAGAGACUUAGAGUUAACAUGAGGCUAAAGAAACUCCAGGAGAGGGUCAAAGAACAACAAGAAAGUGUGGGAAAAAAGAUCCAAACUGUAAAAAUGCUGCGCAACGAGUGGGUAGAGAAUGCAGACCGAUGGGUAGCUGGAUUUCUCGAAAUAUUUGAAGAAGGUUGCCAUAAGAUGGGAACUGCAAUCAGAGACAGUAUCCAAGAGAGGUUAAUCAAACAAAUAUCCAGAGAGAGGCUGGAGAACGGUGAGGAUGAUGACACAGACGAUCAGUUCUAUGAAGAAUACUUCGACCAUGACAUGGGCGGUGACGAGAGUGAAGAUGAAAAAUACUAUGACGAGGAGGAAGAAGUAGAAGCAGAAGAAGAAGAGAAAGAGAAAGAGAAGGAGAAUAACGUUAAGACGGAUGCGAAAGAGAAGAACAAAAUUGGGUUGCAGAAAACUGAAGGUUAG